AUGGCUCCCACUGUCGCCUUCGUUACCGGUGCCAACCGAGGCCUGGGCUUCGGACUAGUCAAGAACUUCGUGGCCAAUCCGAACAAUGUUGUCGUGGCAGCCGUUCGUGAUCCCGCACACACAACUGCCCAGGAACUCACUCGGCUCUCCACGGGCGAGGGCAGCAGCGUUAUCGUCGUGAAGUAUGACGCCGGGGUCGAGCAGUCCGCCUUUGACGCUGUCAAGGAAGCCACCUACAGGGGCGUCGACCACAUCGAUUACGUGGUGGCCAACGCCGGCAUCGCCAAGGUGUUCCCGCUCGUGAACGAGGUCAAGCGCGCUGACAUCGUCGAACACAUCGAGGUGAACGUCUUAAGUGUGGUCUCGCUCUACCAGGCGACUCGGUCGUUGCUGGAGAAGUCAACUGCUAAGCCUGUUUUUGCGAUUAUGGGAUCUGGGGGCGGUGCUCUCGGUCGCCAACCCCCCAUCCCCAGCGCCGCUUAUGGGGCUUCCAAGUCUAUUCUCCCAUGGUAUGCCGUGCGAAUCAGCGCCGAAGACGAGUGGCUCAACACCUUCGUCAUUGACCCCGGCUGGGUGCAGACCGACAUGGGCAACAGUGCUGCCAGAGGAUGGGGUCUGGAAUCCGCGCCAGACACGGUCGACAAGUCGACCUCUGGCAUUAUUGACUUAAUCACGAAGGGAACUAAGGAGCAGUACGGUGGAAAGGUUGUCUUGUACAAUGGCGAAGUUCAGGUAUACUAG